CGUAGCAGUACCCAUGAUUCAGUGGGGCACCUUGUCAGCCAUGUUUGCAUGGUUUCUUAGAUUUUAGUCACUGACAAGAGACAAUAUUAAAGGCUUCCUGGCCGAAAAUUGUAACCAGGAGGGACACACGAUGUGCGGAAGCAUUAAGGAGAAUAACGGAUAAUUCAAAUGAACAGGUUUGAUCACCGCUGAGACGCUUAUGAACGAAGAAAGCAAUGGUAUUUUGUAGAGGAAGUGGUCUAUCUUUUCAAGGUGUCAAGUCUCUCGAUAGGAAUGAUGCCUUCGUUGAUCUAAAGUAAGGAAAGUUGGAUUAUUGCAGUAAAGUAUUGCAUUAUUUGGAACUGUCAGUGACGACUUUGGGAGAUGAAGUGCCUCCCUAGACAGGUGUAGACAUCGUGCCCGGGGAUUACGCAGGUCUACACGAUCUCGUGCGAAGACCAGCGAUGUCUGCGGAAGAGAGGUUGAAAGCAUUGGAACAGCUGUACCUGCAAGGCGCUUCAGCUAGUGAUGGCUACACUGUCAGCGUCGAGACCCUUCUCGACGUGCUUGUCACCCUCUACGAUGAGUGCACAAAUUCUACUCUGCGUAAAGAGAAAAAUAUAUCAGAUUUUGUUGAGUUUGCAAAACCAAUAGUCAGCAAAAUCAAGACAUGUCGACUCCACCGAGACGACUUCGAAACCCUGAAGAUCAUCGGGAGGGGUGCUUUUGGAGAGGUGGCAGUGGUGAAGGAGAAACAGACAGAGCAGGUUUAUGCAAUGAAGAUCCUCAACAAGUGGGAGAUGCUGAAGAGAGCGGAGACUGCUUGUUUCAAGGAGGAAAGGGAUGUGUUGGUGUAUGGAGAUCGGAGAUGGAUAACAAACCUACACUACGCCUUCCAGGAUGAGCAUUAUCUGUAUCUUGUUAUGGAUUACUAUUGUGGUGGAGAUCUGCUCACGCUGCUCAGCAAGUUCGAGGACCGCCUGCCAGAAGACAUGUCCAAGUUCUACAUUGCUGAGAUGGUCCUUGCUAUAGACUCUCUUCAUAAACUUCGUUAUGUACAUAGAGACAUCAAACCCGACAAUGUGCUUCUUGAUAGAAGUGGUCAUAUAGUGCUAGCUGAUUUUGGGUCAUGUCUCAAACUGAUGGCUGACGGAACGGUGCAGUCCUCAGUAGCUGUGGGAACACCAGAUUACAUCUCACCUGAAAUCCUAAGAGCUAUGGAGGACGGUCAUGGUAAAUACGGCCCCGAGUGUGACUGGUGGUCUCUCGGUGUGUGUAUGUACGAGAUGUUGUAUGGUGAGACACCGUUCUAUGCUGAAUCCCUGGUGGAAACAUACGGCAAGAUUAUGAACCAUCAAACAAGGUUUGAGUUCCCGACAGAUGUAGACGACGUGUCUCAAGAAGCCAAGGAUCUCAUCAGGCAGCUCAUCUGUGGUGCUGACAAGAGAUUCGGCAAAGGAGGACUUGAUGACUUCAGAAAUCAUAACUGGUUCAGUGGCAUUGACUGGAACAACAUUAGAGACAUGGAGGCCCCUUACAAGCCUGAAGUCUCGAGUCCUACUGACACUUCCAACUUUGAUGUAGACGACACAGAUUUUCGACAUACAGACACAGUCCCACCAGCCACAUACACUGCAUUUAAAGGACACCACCUGCCUUUUAUUGGUUUCUCAUUUACACGCAAUUCUAAACUGUCUGAUGUGGCCUGUCUGUUUGAUCCUGAGGGGAAGAAUGGAGACACUGUGGACGGAUCUUUAGUGGAAACCUAUGAGAGAAAGAUCAGGAACCUAGAAAAAGAAAACAAAGACUUAAUGAUGAAAAUUCAUGAAACAACUGCAACAAUAAAUGAGUUGCGGACAACACAAGACAUCAAUGGUGUAGCAGCAGCAGCAGCUUCAGGGUCUGACGAUGAAGUGCGGCAGCUGAAGGAAGAGGUGGCGGUUUUACACAGGGUUGUAGCAGAAUCCCAAGGCGAGGUCAGCCUUUUGGAACAAGAUCUGAAGAAAAUGUUUGAUUCAAAGCAAGAACUUGAUCGGAAAUUAAAAUUACUGGAUGAAGAAAAAGCUGCAUUUGAAAAGGAAUUGCAAGACUGGCGAGACAAGUACAAGACCCAAGGGAGAGAACUCAAGGAUGCCUUGUCAAAACAGAAACUAGCCAUGGAACAGUACACCAGUACCAACGAUUCAUUGUUGAAGGCACAGUCGAAGGUGAAGGAGUUGACGCGGGAGGCACGGAACAAGGAGGAGGAAACAGAAGAUUACAAGUCCAAGCUGGAUGGUAUCCGACUGGAGAAGAGGAGGCUGGAGAAACUCAUCAGUGAGGCUCAGAACCAGAUCGAUGAGGCUAAGUCUGAAGCUGGCAAGGAAAAACGGUUGAAGGAAAGAGCAGAGCAGUACGUUUCAGAUUUGGAACAAGAGCUGGAAAAAAUCAAGCGCAGACAGAUGGGUCGGUCCAGCAGCUCCACAAACCUAGAACUAACACAGGAGAUCACAAGGUUGAAAGCUGAAGUAGAAAGAAAGGAUGUUGAACGGGAAGAAGAACUGGCAAGAGCUUCCUCUAAAUAUUCUACGGAACUAAGUGACAUAAAGUACCAUUUGAAGGAAUCGGAAGCUAAGCGGAGUGAGCUCCAGCAUGAUAUGACUAGCCUGAAGUCCAAGGUGUCACCGCAACUAGUGGACGACUUGAAGGAACAGCUCCAUAAGUCCAAGCAGCGGGCCGAGAUGCAUGAACAGAGGAGUAAGGCUUUCAGCAAUGAGGUGGAGAGACUGAAGGAUGAGGUGCACUCGUAUCAAAAUCGUAUUGACAAUCACAUCCGGGAACGUUCUCAGCUGGAGGAGGAGAUUCGGGACAUCUAUGACAAGCGGGAGUCCGUUGCGCAGUGGGAGGCACAGAUCUCGGAGAUCAUCAAGUGGGUGAGUGAUGAGAAGGAUGCUCGUGGCUAUCUCCAAGCAUUGGCCACUAAGAUGACAGAAGAACUGGAGAACUUGAAGGUGAUGGGCGUGUCCGGUGAUGACCCGUCCCGAGGCCAGCGAUGGAGGAACCGAAGGUCACAACGACUGGACAAGAUGGAGCUUCUCAACCUCCAGUCCAGCCUCCAGAGUGAGAUCCAGGCCAAGACAAUGAUCAGUGAACAACUGACUCGCAUCAAGGAGGAGAAUGUGUCCAAUGAGAACAAGAUCCACGAGAAGGACAGUGUGAUUGCAGAGCUGAAGCGGGAGAAUGAAGAGCUCAGGGAGCAAGUUCAGAGGCACCAGGAGUAUCAACCGAAAGCAUGGGAUGACAGUAGAGAACCUGGAUUAUUUAAGUAUUUCAACGACAGAUUCACCUUUAACAUGGAUCAGAUUUCAAUAGACAGUGAACAAGGUGAUGACAGCGAGGACACAGCAUCACGGACAGACUCGCGGACAGAUUCCCGGUCGGACCUGCAGGCAGGAGACACCCCGGACUCAUCCCUCACCCGUGAUGCUGUGCCGUUCUCACAACCAUAUGAGCCAGUGUUUCAGAAGCCCUACUCCAACAACACCAGCCCCGCCCAGGGCAAGCCCCUGCCACACCCUAAAGCUCACAAGUUUAUUGUCAAGUCUUUCAGUACCCCUUACAAGUGCAAUCAUUGCACCUCCUUGUUGGUUGGCCUGCAGCGCCAGGGCAUUACAUGCGAGGUGUGUGGCUAUUCAUGCCAUGUCCACUGUAUGAAGAAAGCACCAGAUGUGUGUCCUGUUCCCUCGGACCUCAUGACGAAACGCCCAGCGGGAGUGAAUGUUGAGAGAGGUCUUGGCACAGCCUUUGAAGGUUUCGUAAGAGUACCCCGUCUUGGUGGGAUUAAGAAAGGGUGGCAACGCCAGUACAUGGUGGUCUGUGAUUUCAAGUUGUUCUUCUAUGACAUGCUAUCUGACAAGAACAUCCCCAACGAGGUGGUGCAGGAAGUGCUAGACAUGAGAGAUGAGAGGUUCUCGGCUUCUUCUGUCAAUCCCAGUGAUGUCAUUCAUGCCAACAAAAAAGAUAUACCACAAAUAUUUAGGGUUACAACAACGGAGUUGAACUCACCGUUUACAGAGCACAUAGUGUUACUACUGGCAGAGGAUGAACGUGAGAAGGAGAGGUGGCUCACUGUCAUCACACAACUACAUGGCAUUCUCAAAAACAACGAUAAACUGCCAAGAACAGCGGUUUAUCAAGCACAAGAAGUAUGUGAUAAUUCCUUGUCCCUUGUAAAAAACACUCUGUCUUCAACAAUCUUGGAUUCCUCCAGGAUAGUCCUAGGAACAGAAGAGGGAUUGUAUAUUUUAGAUCUGAAAAGAGACCAUUUGACACGAGUGGGCGAUCGGGGUGACAAGAAAAUUUUCCAAUUGGAGAUUGUACCUCAAGAACAUUCUGUCAUCUAUAUCGGUGGCCGACAGAAGCAUAUAAAGAUCCUCCAUGUGUCAGCUCUGGAGGGCAAAGACUGUGAUUCUGUUAAAAUUAACGAAACAAAGGGCUGCCAAACAUUUUGUACAGGACUUAUUCGGCAGGGUACAGUGACCUGCUUGUGUGUAGCUAUUAAGCGGACUAUUCAGGUGUACGAAGUGAACAAAACACGGGUGAGAUACAGGAAACUGAAAGACAUUCAAGUGCCAGGCCAUGUGGAGUUUGUAGAUAUGAUGAGUGAGAGACUGUGUGUGGGAUACCCGUCAACAUUUGCAAUAUACACUGUUCAAGGAGAUGGAGCACCCAUGACACUAGUUAACACUGAAGACCACAGUUUGGAGUUUCUGGUGCGCAAUCCAGUCAAGUCAUUAAUGGCCAUUGAGCUCCCCUCAAAAGAAUACCUUCUUGUCUUCAACAUUCUGGGAGUGUACGUGGACAGCACAGGUGCCAGGAGUCGAGCUCAGGAGCUGUUGUGGCCUGCCCAGCCUGAUGCCGUCAGUUACUCAGAGCCGUACCUUGCCUGCUACACAGAGAAUUCAGUCUUUAUCUACGAUGUUCACUCCUCGGAUUGGGUACAAACUGUCAAUGUCAAAAAGUGCAAGCCUCUGUGCAGGGAUGGAUCACUCUGUAUUUUCAGUGGUGUAGAUUCUCAACACAUAUUUUACCUCAAAGACAUCUAUGCAGAGGAAGACCGCCUUUUGGUUGCGGAGUUAGCCAAGAUGAAGAGUGGUGGCAGGAACAAGCGCCGCUUCUCCUUCAAGAGCCGCGAGGAAGACCACCGAAGCAGUAAAGGGUCAGAAAGACGCAAUCGUGAUAUCUCUGGGCCAAUAACGUUCAGCCAUGUGGCCCACAUGGGGCCGGACCAAGUAUUGGUCCCUCCUCCACCUCCACCACAAGGUGGAGACCGCCGAUCUCGAAUUAUCUCAUCCCCCAUCAACUUCAGCCACAUAGCUCACAUGGGCCCCGACCAGGGCAUGCAGGUCCUCAUUGACCUACCCAAGUCUGGAGGGAGUCAGAGCAAUGUUGGCAGCAGCAGUGGAGAGUCGGAGAUGCAGAGGGUGAAGAGCAUGUUCCAGCCACAACUCACGUCUAUACAUGAAGCACAGAUGAGAGGGGCCAGGCCGGUCAGCUCACACUUCAAUGGAAGUGCUGGUAGUCGGAGUGAGGGUGGUCGACCAGGUGGGGUCAGGACAAUGCCAGGGGCCCCUCAGGACCCAAACAGUCUGGAGAAAGAUGUAUUUGAGAUGGUUAGGACAUCUCAAGGAUCAGUGAAUACUAGCGGAAGUUGCUGGUCACUACCCACAUACAACAACUCCAAGAGUUAGCAGGGACAGUACAGACCAGCCCGGUUGGCGACACUCCAUCGCAUCCAACAACAGUAGCAAUCCAAGUAGUGACACCGGCUCCAAUAGACAGAGUUUUAUAGACGAACGGGACCAUGGGACAGACACGUCCGAAUCCGAGCAUGCUUCCACCAACUUAUAGCCUGUCGAUGUCGGCCCAGUCUGUCAUAUCUCACCCAACUGUGAUGUUUCCUGGCAGUGCCUCACUUCCUGUCUAUCUGUGACGUUGUCCCCCACCGCAUGGAGCACGAUGAUCAGACAGCGGAGUGCUGGCGUUGACCGAACUACAAGGCAUGUUUCAUGAGCCCCCAUCAGACCAUGUCUCAAACUUUCCUGGCACAUGACGGCCACCACGAGGUGUGCACUGCUGAGCCACUGAAGAGCCACUGAACAAACAGAUGUACAUAGUAAUGAAAACUAGUAAUUUAACACGUGCUAGAUCUUCUAGUGAACAAAGCCUCAGCCCAGAUGUAAUACUGUGGCAGGCUUUAGCAUAUGCUGACAACUACUACCUUAUACUAAGCUUAUUAACAGCUGGCCAUCCCACAGCUACUACAGUAGGUCAUGUAUGCGAGGUGUAUGUUUGUAUGUGUGACCUGGUAUGUGGUUCUGUAGUCAGCCUGUAGGCAGGCCUUGUAUGCCAUUUGUAUAUUGGGUUACGCAUAAGGUUACCUUAACUAUGCAUGUUGCACCAUAGUGUAGGUGCAUCACAAUAAUGAAUCGGGGGCUGGGAUGGGGGUCGGGAAGGGAACUGGG